AUGACUCUUCCUGCCGAAUUCCAUGAGCCUGUCAGGCUGGCUUUUAUAGGAGGCACAGGCCUUUACCAUUUGGAGACUUUGACGCCAGUUGCCAAACUGACCAUCUCGACUCCAUGGGGCUUCCCUUCCUCUCCCAUCACCAUCUCUAAGACCAAAGAUGGGUUUCCAAUUGCGUUUUUGGCAAGACACGGCCCUCACCACGACCUGUUGCCUUCUGAUGUUCCCAACAGAGCCAAUAUUGCCGCCUUGAAAAAACUCGGUGUCAAUACAAUUGUGGCUUUCAGUGCUGUCGGAUCUCUUCAGCAACACAUUAAACCUCGCGAUUUUGUUAUCCCGAACCAAGUUAUCGAUAGAACCAAAGGAAUUCGUCCUUCUACCUUCUUUGAGCGCGGAUUUGUUGCUCAUGCGAUGUUUGGAGAACCUUUUGAUCCAAUACUUAAUAAGGUUAUUUCCGAAUCCUGUCAAGAAGUUCUGGAGGGCGAAGAUGUGAAAUUGCACACCAAGGAAACUGAAAAAGAUGACCUGACAUUAAUCUGUAUGGAAGGUCCAGCAUUCUCAACGAGAGCCGAGUCCAAACUCUACAAGAGCUGGGGAGGAUCUGUGAUUAACAUGUCCUGUAUUCCUGAGUCGAAGCUUGCUAGAGAAGCCGAGAUCGCUUAUCAAAUGAUCUGUAUGUCAACCGACUACGAUGCUUGGAACGACAAUGAAGAGCCUGUCACUGUAGAGACGGUUGUGGGAAACCUAUCUGCCAACAGUGCCAAUGCUCACCGGGUGGCAGAGAAACUGGUCGAGGUGUUGGAGCCUAAGAUCAAAUCUGGCGAAAUUGGUCUCAACUACCAACACAGCAUGAAGUUUUCUGUCAGCACCAAGAAGGACGGCCAGGACAAGCGCUUGUUGGAGAAAAUGCACUACCUGUUCCCUGGAUACUGGCCUCUUCACUAA